CUAGGCAUGCAGACUGCUUCUACAAACAUUUGUGAAAGAAUGGGUCGCUUUCAGGAGCUCAGUGAAUUCAAGCGCGGUACCGUGAUAGGUUGUCACCUCUGCAAUAAGUCCAUCCGUGACAUUUCCUUGCUACUAAAUAUUCCACAGUCAACUGUUAGUGUAUUAUAACAAAGUAGAAGCAACUGGAAACAACAGCAGGCUACAUGCCAGUACUGGACUCUAGAGCAGUGGAGACGCGUUCUCUGGAGUGACAAAUCACACUUCUCUGUCUGACAAUCUGCUGAACAUGUCUAGAUUUGGUGGUUUCCAGGAGAACGGUACUUGCCCUGACUGCAUUGUGCCAAUGUAA